AUGCAGGGAGCCAAGCGUGUGCUGUCGCCUAGCAAAGCUGACAAUGUGUCCGCCGCGUGCAAGAAGUACAAAACUCUGUCGGAUUUGCCGGUCGAUCAGGAGAAUUAUGGAUUUCUGUUGGACGACGACGAUGAUUUCGAUUUGAGUGCACUGGAUGCUGCUGUGACGGCUAACAAGCUCGAUCUAAGCCACUGGCAGCGAUGUGUGGUGCGCACUGCGGAACGUCUGGCCAAAUCGCAAGAUCUGGUGCUACACUUGAGCAGCGACAAGGACAUAGAUGUCGACGAGGCAUCUGCAGGGGCAGCGGAGGCAGCUACCGCAGUCUGCCAUCUGCAGACACCAUGGAACCACACGCCCAUACAGCCGGGUGAUCUUCUAUCAGUUCAAGCCACUUGGCAACCUUCGCUCUCCAGCUACGUGGUCAACAAAGAGUCGGGUUUUUGUGUGAUUCAUCCGGAUUUGCUGAUAUCCAGCACGACGGUGACGGGAUCGCUCUUCUGCCGUCGCAAGGCGGUGCUGCAGGAUCGCUUUCGCGGCGUCGACGCCACCAAUGCUGUGAUGAUUAUUGGCACGCUGGUCCAUGAGCUGCUGCAGACGGUGUUGUCUCAGCGCCUGCGCAGCCAGGAAGAGGUGCUGGAUGCACUGCAGCAAAUGCUGCACAGCACAUCCCUCGCCCAGAUGCUCUACGCCGGCCAACUCAGUCGUGCUGAGAUUGAGUUGCAGCUGCAUAAGUUUGUCGAUCCCAUUGUCGCCUUUGUGGCACAGUAUAUGGAAGGUGUCAUGCCAUCGACGAUGCCCAAAGAGAUGUAUAAAGGACGCAUUGAGCAAAUCCAUGACAUUGAGGAGAAUCUGUGGGUGCCACAGCUGGGACUCAAGGGCAAGGUGGAUGUUUCGGUGCGCGUGCGAAACCAAAAGCAGCCAAUUCCCUUGGAGUUGAAGACUGGACGCGCCAGCUUCUCCAUGGAGCACAAGGGUCAACUGCUGUUGUAUGAACUGAUGCACUCGGCCUUGGGUCAGGAGACGCGCAAUGGAUUGUUGCUUUAUCUGCGUGAAGGCAUCGUGCGUGAGGUGCGCGAUGGACGGAACGAGCAAAGGGAUCUUGUCCUGCUUCGCAAUGAUCUGGCGCACUUUCUAACACGCAAUGUCCAGCUACCUGUGGCUGGCGAGUCGUUGUCCCUGCCGGAGCAGCCGAACAAGCUCCUGCAGCCGUUUGAACUGCCCGAUCCCAUUUCGCAUCACAGCGCCUGUGGCAACUGCGCUUAUGCCACGCUCUGUUGCAGCUUCGCCAGCACAGAUGCCAAUCUGGAGCUGAGCAACUCGCAUCCAUUGCGUCAUCUAAUGCCGCAAGUCUUGGAGCAUCUGGACAAGGCGGAUCAUGAGUAUGUGCUGCAUUGGUGUGGUCUCUUGGCGCUGGAGGAUCAACAGUCGCGCCAGUCGCCCCACCAGCGCACGCUCUGGACUGAGACGCCCGCCAGGCGGCAGCAGCAAGGACGCGCCAUCUGUGAGCUGCAGCUGCUCGCCGGGCACAAGACGAGCUGUCACAAUGGACGCUACGAGCACAAGUUGCAGUUGUCUCCGCUCGCGGAUAAGGAGCUCAACUUAACCCUCAGCGGGUUCGAGCUUGGCGAGUAUGUGAUCGUUAGCUGUAGCUCCAGAUUGGCCAUUGCGGCCGGCUAUAUAACGGGCUUGGAGGCACGCAGCCUGUGCCUGCAGCUGGAACGUGAUCUUGGCCAGCGUUAUGGAGAGGAGACGUUCAUUGUGGACAAACAUGAAUCGCAGAGCUUUGCCAGCUUCAACUAUACUAAUCUUGGCCUGCUGCUGGCGGCUAGUGAGCGGGCAGCCCAACUGCGCUCCAUUGUGGUGGCCAGAACGCCACCGAAGCAGCACAAGGUGUUGCCACGUGUGAUUGGCAGCAAAGGCGGACCGAUGUUGCGUCCACUGAACAAGGUGCAACAGGCGGCGGCACUGCGGGCACUCACCACAAGCACACAUCUGCUGAUCAAGGGAUUACCCGGCACGGGCAAGACUCAAACACUGGUGGCCAUUGUGCGUCUGCUGCAUUUGCUGGAGCGGAGUGUCCUCAUCACGGCCCAAACCCAUUCAGCCGUUGAUAAUCUGCUGUUGCGUCUGCUGCCACAUGGUCUGCCACUCUUGCGACUUGGCAACAGUGCAAGGAUUCAUCCCCAGCUGCAGGAGAUCAGCGAGGCAAGGCUGACGGCCAACUGUGAGACGGUGGAACAGUUAACGGAGGCAUUGCAGAAGCCCACCAUUGUGGGCGUCACUUGUCUGGGCGCUGGACAUGCUCUGUUCCUGCACCGAAAGUUCGAUUAUUGCAUUGUGGAUGAGGCGACGCAGGUGCUCCAGCCGACGGUGCUGCGGGCGCUGAGCCAUUGCAGCAAGUUCAUUCUGGUUGGCGAUCCGGAGCAGCUGCCGCCACUGCUGCGCAGUCGUGAGGCACGUGCUCGUGGCGCCGAUGAGACGCUCUUCCAGCGUCUCGACUGCGAGGAGGCAACGGCAGUGCUCACCUUGCAGUAUCGCAUGAAUCGCAGCAUUACCAGGUUGGCCAAUCAGCUGACCUAUGGCCAGGCGCUGCAGUGUGCCAACGAGCAGGUGGAGAUCGCCAAGCUGCAGCUGGAUCCCCUCAAGAAUGCCUGUCUCUGGGCGCAGCGUGCUCUGCAAACUCAUCUGGAGCAAGCGGUGCUGUUGCUGGACACAUCCGACUGCUCGCAGCGCUGUCAGGAAUUCGUUGUUCGUUCCAAGCAGCUGGAGGAGACAAGCGUCUCCAUCGAGCAGCACUAUGGGGAGUCCGAGCCAACAUCUCAGCGUACUCGCUCCCGUCGUGUGCCCAAGUAUACCAACUACUGUGAGGCGUCGAUUGUGAUGCAUCUACUCCGUCAACUCCUCGACGCAGGCUAUGAUGCCUCCCGCAUUGGCGUCAUUGCUCCCUAUCGUGCCCAGGUGGAGCUUCUGCGCAAGCUGGGACACAAUCUCGGCGAGGUCGAGUUUAAUACGGUGGAUCAGUAUCAGGGACGCGAUAAGGAUCUCAUCAUCUACAGCUGUACGAAGACGGGUAGCUCUGCCGCUGGACAGGAUAUGGAACGAUCGCGAGAGGCUGAAAUUCUUGAGGAUCAGCGGCGCCUCACCGUUGCCAUCACUCGUGCCAAGCACAAGCUGAUCCUGCUCGGCGAUGCCAAGUGCCUGGAACGCUAUGGUCCCUUCAAGCGUCUUUUCCAGCACAUUCCCGAUAGAUGUCGGCUGCAAUUGACCGAAGGUCGCAUGGGAUUCAGCUGGCAGACGCUGCUCGAGGAGCUGGGACAGCUGAUGCAGUGAAUUCCACUCCCAGCAUUGUUGGAGGAUAGUUAAUUCAAUAUUUAUGUAUAUGCAUUUCAAUUUGUUAUUAUUUAUAAAUCUAUCAAUAUAUACAUUUCUCUUA